CCCCAGUCGACUACUGCCACGUAAUCACUUUGCUUUCCAUACAAACUCUCUUCUUCUUCUUCAAUGCCUGCCUUUAAAAAGCCUGCCUGCCGGAGACUGCAUAUAUACUCAACAAUUCAGUCUGUUCAUUCCCUCAAUCUGUGUAGUUUGGAAUUCUACUGAAAGGACAAAGAAAGAAGUAGGACAGGCAUUAUAUAUUAUUUCAUUUUUCAGCUCGACGAGUUAACAGUAAUCAUGGCGGCGACAAAAGGAGGAGGAGAUGCAUCACCGUCGUCGUCCGUUAAGGAUAACAGGUGCAGCGCGGUUGUCAGCUCACCCAGAGCACACAAGGCGGCGGUGAUGGAGUGUGAUUCUCCGGUGGCUUCCACCAGAGAUGUGCCGGAGAAGGAGCAUUCCGGGCGGGAGAAGCUGAAGAGGCACUGGACGGAAGUGGCGGGGAGGGUUUUGGUGCCGGAAAAAUGGGGUCAGGAGGGUUUGCUUAGGGAAUGGAUGGAUUAUUCUUCUUUUGAUGCUUUGUUGGCUCCCAAGGGAUUGUUGUCAGCUCGAGAAGAUCUAAUGUCGCAAGCUAAACGAACUUGUUCAAGCUUUUUCAAGUCUCAAUAAAUAUAAUAUGACUAUCAAAUAUCAAGAUGAUAUACAUGGAAUGCUAAUUUUCUCUAUUAUAUAUUAUACCCUUCAUUUAGAUGAACAAGUGUUUGUUCUUGUCAUCUUGUGUAAUGGCUUGUAUGCACAUAGCUUAUGACUUGUUCAUUUGUGUUUCUAGCUUGUGGUAGGUAGUUAGAAACAAUAGUAUGAUUAUCAAAUCUACCUACUAUUUGAAAUUAAAAAUUUUUAAAAAUCGCUAA